UAACAGAUUCAAAUUGUAACCAAAAAGUGCUGUACAUAAACACACUGGCAUAGUUCAUUUUUAAUUCCACUCGUAUUCACGACUUGUUCUCAAAUAGCUUCAGUCAGUAAUUUAAUUAAAUAAGAGUUGCAUAAUCAAUUAACCUGUUCUAAUUUUCGCGUUCUGAUUCUUCUCGGGAACCAUAGAUUCUGUCAAAACAUCCGACGAGCAACUGACAGCAAGCAGAGCAUAGAGGUCUCACUCUGCUCCAGUUUAACUACAUAUAAAUUUAUACUAUGUCUAAAAAAACAUUUCCAUAUUUUUAUUCCUUUAAGAAUUUUUACAAUCCUGCUGAAAAUAUUUUUUUUACAGUUUUUUCAAGCCACAGCUGCAUUUUUAUUUGUUUAUUUUAUUUUAUUUGACUGUUGAAUGUGGCAAUUUUUAAUUUAGUCAUACUUUGAAGCGUCGCUCAGUCUCUCCUCAGAGUGACUCCUCCUGUCUGUGUGUUCGUCUCGACGAUCUUCGGGCUAGCGGCGGUCCGUGUGUCAACAUUAACGGAUGAACAACAAACGGCGGCGGUUAGCUGCUCAGAGAGCCACGUACCGGUGACUUAACGGCCUGCCGAGGCGAACAACCUCCGAGAGAGCUGACGAGAACCAGUCGGUGAGAAAGAGGAGACAUUUUAUGGAGGAGACACCGCAGAGACACCGGAGGUGCAGCAGUCCUGAGUCUAACAUGCAGAUGGAGGUGUAAACCCCACUGAUGGAAACCCAGAGGAAGAGCUCUGAGGAUGACGGUGGUGGAGAGCGAGGCCUCCUCCACACCUGGAGGGGCUACUCCUACAGCGUCACCCCAGACAGGCUGCUCCUCCCCAGGCCGGUGCUGCAGGUCGCUCUGGGCUCACGACAUGGCAUCCUGCUGUUGGAAGGAGGACAAGUCUACAGCUUUGGUGAGUUGCCAUGGAAGCAGAGUCAGAUGCCGGAGCUGGCGAAACCGACCCUGGAGAGCGCGCUCAGUGGGCAGCGGGUGGUCGCUGUCGCUGCCGGAAGCUUCCACUGCGGAGCGGUGACGGAGGACGGCGGCGUCCACAUGUGGGGUGACAACGGUGCCGGACAGUGCGGCCUUUCGGGCCUCAGCACCGUCCCCAACCCGACUCCGGUGGCUCUGCUGGACUCGAACCGCAGCCCUCCGCAGACGGUGCCGGUGCUGGAGGUUUCCUGUGGCGAGCGGCACACGCUGGCGCUGUCAGUCCAGAGGGAGGUUUGGUCGUGGGGCAGCGGCUGCCAGCUCGGCCUCAAUGCCUCCGUCUUUCCUGUCUGGAAGCCACAGAAGGUGGAGCACCUGGCGGGCAGGUGUGUUUUGCAGGUGGCCUGCGGGGCGUCACACAGUCUGGCUCUGGUGCGCUGUCCAGGGCCUCAGGACGUCCAGCGGCCGCCCGUCGACAAAUGUGGUCAGUGUAAUCAGCUGCUCUACACCAUGACGGACAAAGAGGACCACGUCAUCAUCUCUGACGGACACUACUGCCCCCUCGGCAUGGAGCUGACGGAGGACGAGGGCAGGCUGGAGGCGCCGGCCCCCACACAGGGACUGAAAACCUCCCCAUCAGAGCCCAUCCUGCCCUCCUACACCUCCACCUCCUCUGCCAAAAGUGCCAAACCCUCCUCCGAGCCCUCCGACCCUCAGGACUCCCAGAAAGAUGGAGAAUCUGUAGCGAAUGGAGAGCUGCCGACCUCGGAGCCAGAUGCCUCAGUUCAGUCCAAAGGUUCGAGCGGCGCUUCUGCUUCGAUGAAGAAUUCACCGUAUCCAGACGAACAGGCUGUGAAGGAUUACCUGAAGAAACUGUCGGACACCACACAGGCAGAAACAAAGACGACUGUUGGAGGGCUGCACACUCUGCUGCCCUCGGCGGCAGGACUCGGUUCCUCCACUCCCACCUCAGCGCUCAACACCCUGGUGGCCUCCUGCGCCUCCGCCGUGGGCGAGCGGGUCGCCUCCACCUACGAGGCUCUGUCGCUCAAAAAGAUGAUGAACUUCUACCUGCCCUCAGCGGCGGCCAGGUGUGGCGGCGGCGGCGUGGGCGACAACAGCACCGAGCGGGUCCGUCAGGAGGACUCGGUUCAGACAAAGAAGAGCUCCAGCACCGGAGACAUCCGCGAAGAGGAAGCUGAAGGUCUGCGGCGUCGCCUCUCGCUGCCAGGACUCCUCUCUCAGGGUAGAUACGCUGUUCACCUCUUAUCCUCCUCCUAUGCCCUGCUGCUGUCCCCUCGGCUGCUGAGGAAAGCCGGUCGGCCCCGGAUGCGAGCGGUGGCCCUCAGCCCACUGGGAGGCUCCGUCCCCGCGGCCCAGGAGGUGCUGCCCUCCCUGCAGACGGAGGUGUGGAGCUGGGGCCACGGAGAGCACGGCCAGCUGGGCCACGGAGACAACAUCGCCAGGCUGCAGCCGCUCUGCAUCAAGAGUCUGAACAAUAAGGAGGUUGUUCGGGUGGCGGCCGGCGCUCAUCAUUCACUCGCUCUGACGGCUCAGUCGCAGGUGUUCUCAUGGGGCAGCAACAGCUCCGGUCAGCUCGGACACAUGGAGUCGCCGAGCACCGUCCCCCGACUCGCCAAGCUGUCGGAGGGGAUCCGGGUUUGGGACGUGAGCGCCGGCGAGAGGCACACCCUCCUGCUGGCCGACGGCGACUGCAUCCAGCCCAUCAUCUACUACAGCGGGCAGCAGGUGAAGGAGGAGCAGGAGGAGGAAGAGGAGGAGCAGGCCAAGGAGGCCGGUCGGCAGGAGGAAGGAGAGGAGGAGCAGGAGAGGACGGGAGGCUACACCCAGCAGCCGGUGCUGCUGCCAUUCUGCAUGAACCUGGGCUAUGUGAGCAGUGUGUUUGCGGGCGGCCGGCGGUGUGUGGCGCUGUCAGACAGGAACGUGAUGGGCUUCAUCGCCAGCCUCCACGAGCUGGCGUCCGCCGAGAGGAAGUUCUACUGCAAGCUGUGCAGCAUCAAGUCUCAGAUCAUUCGCCCCCUGCUGGAGCUGGAGUCUCUGAGCUCCGCCCUCGGACAGGUGAUCCUCGGACUCCUGCAGACGUUGGCGAGUCGGUUCAGCAUCUUGUGUCACCUGACUGGUCAACACGCCACCAGCCUCACCGCCAACCUGCGCCGCGGCCGCGAGGUCAAGAAUCUGCUCAUCCUCGACCAUGCCGGCAUCUUCCUCGACGCUUACCGCGAUUACUGCGACGCUUUGGGGAACUUCCAGGUGAUGGGAGGUUUCCAGGCUUUGACUAAACCUUCCCUAGACUUCUUUGGUAAGAGUCCCGAGCUGAUCCAGAAGCUGUCGGAGUGCAGCGAGGAGAACCCCGUCAUGGCUGACCUCCUGGUGGCGCUCUUCUACCUCCCGACUCGCCAUCUCCACGAGUACGGACGCCUGCUGCUCAAACUGGCCACCUGCUUCGAAGUGAGCUCCAGCGACUACCAGAAGCUGCAGGACAGCUGCUCCAAGUUCGAAGCUUUGACCCUGCAGCUGAAGAGAAAACGGAAAGAGGUGGAUUACACCUUUAACUUCUGGAAGAGCUUCCCUGGGAAAAUGACGGACUCUCUGAGGAAGCCUCACCGCCGGCUCAUCUGUGAGAGCAGCAACAAAGCCCUGACGCUGCAGAACGCCGGACGCUUCUCCGUCAACUGGUUCAUCCUCUUCAACGACGCUCUGGUCCACGCGCAGGGCGUGGCGCCUUGUAAGAACCUAUUCUCCACCCAUCACAUCUUCCCUCUGGCUACACUUUGGGUGGAGCCCAUCCCAGAGGAGGACACCAGCCUAUUUGGACUAAAGGUGAUCACACCUGAGGAGACGUUCACCCUGCUGGCCUCGUCUGCCAUGGAGAAGGCCAAGUGGCUUCGCUCCAUCAACCAGGCGGUGGACCAGGCGCUGAGCGGGUCGGGCAGGAUGUGGCGUCAGCCGGGUCAGGGACAGAAGUUGGAUCCUCCCAUCUCCAGGACGGCGUCGUACACUUUCUAUAAAGACGGACGGCUGAAAGAGGCGACAUACGACGGCCGCUGGCUUGCUGGGAAACCCAACGGCAGAGGAGUGCUGAAGUGGCCUGAUGGGAGAAUUUACACGGGGGCAUUCAAGAACGGACUGGAGGACGGCUUUGGGGAGUUUGUGGCUCCGAAUAAAACGCUGAACAAGAGCGACCACUAUCAAGGUCACUGGAAAGACGGGAAGAUGCACGGCUUGGGAACGUACAGGUACGCCAGCGGGGAAGUUUACGACGGAUCUUUCCAGGAUGGGAUGCGUCAGGGUCACGGGAUGCUGCGCAGCGGCAAACUCAACACCUCCUCGCCGAGCGUCUUCAUCGGCCAGUGGCUGCAGGACAAGAAGACGGGCUACGGAGUCUUCGACGACAUCACUAAAGGAGAGAAGUUCAUGGGCAUGUGGCAGGACCACCAGCGGCAGGGAACCGGCGUCGUCGUCACCCAGUUCGGCCUUUACUACGAAGGAGCCUUCAAAGACAACAAGAUGACGGGCACCGGGAUCCUUCUGUCCGAGGACGACACGACGUACGAGGGGGAAUUCUCCGACGACUGGACCCUCAGUGGAAAGGGUGUGCUGACGAUGGCGAAUGGCGACUAUCUGGAGGGCUCCUUCAAUGGCGAAUGGGGCUCCGGCCUCAAAGUCACCGGCUCCUACUUCAAACCUCACCUGUUCGACACCGAUAAAGAGAAGACCAGAGCCGUGAGGUUGGGGCGUCUGUGUGUCUGCGCUGAGGAUAAAUGGCAGGCGGUGUUCGAGGAGUGUUGGACUCAGCUGGGCUGUGAUUCGCCGGGUCGAGGAGACAACGGGAAGGCCUGGGACAACAUCGCUGUUGCCCUCACCACCAGCCUGGAGCACAUCCAGGACAGUCCGGAGAUGUUGUCCCGGAGUCACAGCAAAACUCUGGAGAGCCUGGAGGUGAUUCCUCAGCACAUGGGACCGAUCACCAUGGAGAGAUACCACAGCAUCCGCCUCUACCUCAUCAAGGCCUGCGACACCCCCCUCCACCCGCUGGGCCGGCUGCUGGAGGCCCUGGUGGCCGUCUACCGGAUGACCUACGUGGGCGUCGGAGCAAACCGCCGGCUGCUGCCUCAAGCCGUCAACGAGAUCAAGUCUUACCUCAACCGCAUCUUCCAGAUCGUCAGGUUUCUGUUCCCAGACCUGCCAGAAGAGGGCGGUCUGAUUCCAGAGCCGACCCCCAGCCUCCAGGACGUCAAGGACGCCGCCGACGCCCCGCUGGAGUCGCCCAAACCCAGCCGUGUGGUGAGCAGCUCGGCUCUGCUGCUGCCCGUCCUGCUGCCUCGUCUUUACCCGCCGCUCUUCACCCUCUACGCCCUGGAUAAAGAGCGGGAGGACGACGUCUACUGGGAGUGCGUCCUCCGCCUCAACAAGCAGCCCGACCUCGCCCUGCUCGCCUUCCUGGGCGUCCAGCAGAAGUUUUGGCCCGUUUCUAUCCCGACUGCUUUACCUGCACCGGGAGAGAAGCAGCAGGUGAUGUCCAGCACCAAAGACGCCUGCUUCGCCUCUGCAGUGGAAACACUUCAGCAAAUCAGCACGACGUUCACGCCGUCAGACAAGCUGCAGGUGAUCCAGCUCACCUUCGAGGAGAUCACGCAGGAAGUUCAGGCGCUGCUGAAGCAGGACUUCCUGUGGUCCAUGGACGAGCUCUUCCCCGUCUUCCUCUACGUGGUGCUGCGAGCUCGAAUCAGGAAUCUCGGUUCAGAGGUCAGUCUGAUCGAAGACCUGAUGGAUCCCUGCGUUCAACACGGAGAACACGGAAUCAUGUUCACCACCCUGAAGGCCUGUUACUACCAGAUCCAGCACGAGAAGAUCACUUAAGGCCACCUUUCCAUCCGCCAGUGAUCCGGCGGGAAGCGAAGGAUCUGCUGCUGCCAUGGAGACGGGAUCACCUCCUCCAUCUCCGACUCUCUACCAGCUUCUUAUCCACAGAUCAUGAAGGUACUCGUGUGAAUAUUCAGC